AUCCGACUCUCCACGCAUUACCAUCGCCAACACAAAGCGCACCGCACAAGGUCGCAACAUUCCUGUCUCGAUCGACGUCGGGAUCCGCACGCAUCUCCACUCGACACUCUCACAAGUUCGAUUUGCGUUGUCGUUCGCAGACAGUAUGUCUUCUUCCAAGGGCGAGGUGGAGCCAACAGGGACCUCCGGGAAGGAAUCACGAAAAGAUUCCACGAGGCGGUCGUCUACUGCCACGCAGGGGUGGUCGAACCAUUCGAGGUCGAAAUGGUUCAUCGACUGGUGUUGUGGAGACGCUUCCAACCCCACUGCGCAGCCAUGUGGUCCUGUUAUCUUCAUCGAUGACAGCAGAAGGCGUAGAGUGCUUGGUGUCGUCUUGCGGUGGGAGGACGCAAAGGGGGGCCGGCGACAUUUCUAUAUGCAGAAAGUUUAUGGCGCCAAGGGCAACGUCGUUGCCAAUUCGAAAGGGACGUUGUUGGACCUCGAAUUGUGUGAGGGGUUCGGAGCGGGUGUUGUGAACACCCCGUUCUACAGAGAACUCGUUCUCGGGGGCGGUUUUGUUUUGGCGCGUGAUUUUUUCGACAUGUUGGAGGACAAAAACAUCGCUCUAGACAUCCCCUGCGACGUCAACCCAUCCCUGGAGCUCUCGUUGCCGUUGAAGCUGUGCAGCUGUUGCGAGUCAAGCGGGGCAGCGGCAGAGGGCGGUAAUCUGGGUUCUGGUUCCGCCACUCAGCUGCACCGUGGCGAGAGUCGAGGGUACUUCCUUGUCAGUUCCCAGGACAACAAGAAGGACCUAAAGGCGCCCCCACGACAACUGAAGCUGUCAAUGAGGGACAUUAGGUGGCAGUGGAAGUGCGUCGGUUGCCCGUGUGCUGUUAUGGGGAACCCCUUCAGAAAACAGGAUCAGGUCUGGAAGUGGCGUGAAUUCUGUAAUGUCGCACUCAACAUGACACCGCACAACAACUUGUGGACUCUCGCAGAUCAGCAGGGCGAGGAGGCCAUCAGGAAACAAGGCGCUGCCCUGCGUUCCUAUUUCCCGCUGGCAAUGGCAGGGGAGAACGUCUGGAAACUGGCCGUCGAGUUUUUCGAGAAAUGGGAGACAGGUAGAUUGCUCGGACACGACGGCGCAAAGUGGAUCAUGCGGAAGAAGAAAGUCAAAAACGUGAAGCCAGGGGUUGCAUACAUCCAUAAUGACAAGCUGGGCAGGAAGGAGGUCGUGUACAACGUCCCUGUGGACCCGCCGACAAAAAAUGACAAAAAGGAGAAAGAGGAGGGCGAGUGGUUCGUGCAAGUGCCAGAGCCGGACGUGCAUUGUUGGAAAACGAUGGAGUCGCUAAAAGACAACGAGAAGUGUGGUGUCCUGAAGAAGGUGCUCGCUUGCGAGGUGGUUUGGGUACAGGCGGGCUCCCCAGCGUUGGCGAAGCUCGGAAAGCUGAGCGUCCAGGAGGUGGUGAAUUUGGUGAAGUGUGACCGGGUGCUGGUGCGUCUGUGGAACUACUACCAGUUCAAGCACGACGAAAGGCCGGACGUGGAUUGGAGCCAGAGGUUCCCAUUCCUGAAAUCAAGGUCUGCAAUUUUCAGACACUUUAAGAGUCGUGGUUUGGAUGCUGAGUUGUGGGGCGGGAGCACGAAAUACGUCACUGACUCCUCGCUGUUCAAGGACUGCCCGCCCUACAUGGGCUGCGACGUCGACAGAUCGAUCGAGGCGACGGAGAAGCUGGCCGGUCACAAAAAGUUGUCCGUUGACUGGAGGAAUAAGGUCAUGUCCGUGUUGACCGGCAGUAGACUGAAGAAUCGAGAGAUCGCGCUCGUCGAAGGCAUUGUGCACAUAAAACGGAAUGACACGGGCGACGUGACAUCCAUCGCGCCAUUCGGCAACGACCCCUUGGAGGCAGACAUAAGGAGUGCGGAGGUGAAGGAGGUAGUGGUUGGCACAAAGAAAGACGACCGGAUGUACAUACUCUUCAAAGGCGCCGAUUCGCGGGCCAACACGUCCGUCGUCUACGAGGGGAAACUGCCGGUAGGCGCCGCUGCUGCAGUGCGGGUACCACAGAAGGUUACGCAAACGGAUGUGUCCGACAUCCCGUUCAACGCUUGCGAUUGGUCGCAUACGUCGCCUGCACGUCGGGGCAUUGUGUACGGGGACAUGGAACGCAACCCCGCCCAAUUCGUUCAGCUUCUCGAAUCCGUCACCAAGAAGGGGGAGGGUGUCGUCUUCCUCGGGAAGCCACACGCGCGGUCAGUCUGGGAAGUACUGAAGGCAGGACGGCACGUCAUCGCGAUGGAAGGGAACUUUGAGCUCUUGCAAUUUACAAUUGAUCUCGUCAAAAGCGAGGUCAAUUCGGGUGCCCACAAUUGCGAGUUCAUGGUCGUCACCGAGACUCGGGCUCGCGCGUGGAACAACAAGACGUACAUGUGGUUCAAGUUGAGUGCGAGGAAGUGGAACAAGAUAUACAACUUCUUGUUCCUGCAAACGCGGACGAAGAGAGAAACCGACGCCGAGUACGUGUGCCGCAAGGACCACAUGUUCACGUUGCUCGACAACUAUCACGGCGCCUCCCCCAUGAACGCGAAGACCUUCCUCAAGAGGUUGCAGUCCCUUUACUUCGUGGAGUCAGAGGAGGAGCAUACGUUCGGCAGUUACUCCUCCUUGAUCUCCACGGAAGACGAGGAGACCACCGGCAUCGAGUUCGACGCGACCGCGGACGAGGAGGGCAGCGACACCGAAAGCCUUGACCUGCAGUAUGACCAACAUUCCACGCAGCACGCUACAAGGUCGUCCUUGGCAGGUCCGUCCACAAGCCCAGCGUCCCUCAUGUCACCGAUGGCAAAACCGGCGCCAGGCACUACCCCGAUGAAGUUGCUGCAGAGAAUGCAAGCUCUGGCCUCCGGCCAUCGCUCACUGUGUCCCGGGUCUGACAUCCCACCCGAUCAUCUGUCUUGGACGAAUGCCAACAUUCACUUCCUGCCUGAGCGUCAAAGUCGUUCCACGAAGGCGGACUGGGGCCAUGACAUGAUUUGGCAUCCAGGAGUCAUCCAGCCGGCGAUCCAGAAGGGGUCCCGGGGACCAGACGGUGGGGAGAACGAGGGCGACGAGGCUGGGGGCGGCAAACGAGUCCCGGGGCGACAACACGAGGGCGACGAGGCUGAGGGCGGGUCUCAAGGCGACACCACGACAGCGGAAGGCAGCGGCGGGGUGGCGGGGGAGGCCCUCGGGCGUCAGCAGCCUACCGGUCCCGGUCCGGAAUGCUCGGCACAGUCGGAGGACGUGCCCUGUUCAUCCGCCUGCUCGGUGAUGGCGGCCUUGGUUGCUCUCCGUGCCGGCUCGGUCGAAACGUUCAAGUCCGCCGGGAUCCGAACUUCAAUGCUUGCAGAGCAGACAAAGAGGAUAGACCCGCAGAGCUGGUCAGGACCGGGGGUGGCGAGUCGUCAUCCCAAAAUAGACAGCGGUGCGGUGAGGGACGGGACUUCGCCGCCUGCGGGGGAUCGCCAACCGCUUCGGUCGGAGCAAGAGGGUGCGUGUGGAGGGCCCGGCGACAGGGAGACGGCGAAGUUCGCCGGGAUCCGAACUUCUCCAGGCAAGGCGUGUGGAGGGCCCGACGACAGGGAGACGGCGAAGUUCGCCAGGAUCCGAACUUCUUCAGGCAAGGCGUAUGGAGGGCCCAGCGACAGGGAGUCGGCGAAGUUCGCCGGGAUCCGAACAUCUUCAAGCAAGGGGGGCCAACCAGGGAUAUUGGUGCAGGCGGGAGGGGCUGCGUGCGGCGGGCGGGAAGCGCAUUCAUCGGAAAUCAACACGGGUUCGGGCGAAGUGGCUGCAUUGCAUGCAGGGGAAGAAGGCAGGGUGAUGGACAAAGAGAAGGAAGUGGAGGAAGGAGACACAGGGGAGGAAUUGGAGGAAGGAAGGGAGGAAGGGGAGGAAGAAGAGGAUGAAGGAGAGGAAGGGGAAGAAAUGGAGUUGGCUGGGUUGCUAGGAGGGCAGGAGGGGGAAAAAGGUGAACUCGAUACAGGAGACGACGAACGGACUUUCGACGAUGACGAUGACAGAUCUGGGGAGUCUUCUAACGGAUUCGGGCAGCUGUACGGAGAACACCGCGAGGAAGACGACGACGACGAUGACACGACACAGGGUAUGGAGACACAGGUGGUCACAAGCCUUUCGGCAGAACGUGAUGACUAUGAGGUCCAAGCAAUGACGUCUGUCGUUGAUCUCCAACACCGGUUCAACGAAGCUCGUAUAGCAGUCAGCCUGACUAAACCGAGUGUGCGUAUUGACAUCGAAGAAGUUAUCGAUGGCAUCCUGGGCGACCACCACAUGUCCGCGCAGCCGUCCUCGACGCCUGGUGUCGACGACCCUCUCGACGUCAAACCUUCCGGGGGAUCUGUCGUCGAUUUCUCGCCGACGAGCUCUCCGAUGCUGCCGCCGACCAUCGCCAGCGGAGGAGAAGGCGGGAUCGGGGGACGACAAGAUGUCACAUCCCCAAAAAAAAUUGUCGUCGGCACUCGAGCUCUCGACGUGCUGGCCUUGCCCGCGCCAACUUCGCCGAUUAAGGAGCAGAGAGACAAACCAGCUGGUAAGCAGUGACAAACGCCACUUUGUCUGCGCGCCAGUGACCGCGGUGUGUGUCAAUGCGCACGAGACAAAAACAUGUGUGUUUUUGUUGAAGCGUUCCCUCACACG